UCUGGACAAUGUUUAUUACCAAAUCGCCAAGUGCGGCCUGUCGCACUGGAUCAAGAUCGACCAUUCCUUCUUGAUAGACUGAACAGUUCGGAAGGACGUCUGGGACGAUAAGGACUGGAAUCCCCGUCGAUCUGACACACCGUAAUUUGAUGCGACUGUUGCAUCAAAUUACGGUGACGUAAGCGCCGUUGACAACGCUAACAGCAAGAACAGGCAUCAAGCUAACAGCACUUACAAUGCUGUAAGUGCCAUUAAAGGCAAAAAUUAGACUUACAGCAUGGCGCUGGAACAGAUCCCAUCCUUAAGUCGAGGAUGUAUUACACCAAGUAAGGUACAAGCCAUGAAGCUGCUGAAUCUGGUGGUGUCGGUCCUCAUAGGUCUAGGGGGAAAUGAGCUAUCGGAAGCUUCAAACGGAGGGUCAUCAGUCUCUUCGGAUGAUUCGCUGGUAUCAAGAUUUGCAGAGUCGACAGAUGUGAAUUAUGCAGAGGUCAAGAUGAAAACCACUAUGGGAACCAUCAUAGGCUUACGGGUUCCUUCUGUCCCGCCUCACGUAGCCAACUCUCAUCAUUAUGCAUUCAGGGGAAUACCCUAUGCCAAACCUCCCGUAGAUGAACUGCGAUUCCGCGACCCUGUUGACCUGAAAGGCGCUUGGCCAGGAAGACUCCUCAAUGCCACCCAGUUUGGAUCAGUUUGCACCCAGUACGAUCCAUUAGGUGACAAAGUUUAUGGCUCAGAGGACUGUCUAUUCUUGAACGUCUUCACACCAUACUUACCAGUUCCAUCACUGACAGGUAAGAGCAAAAAGGAUUCGGACGAACUCCUGCCGGUGCUAUUCUUCAUUCACGGAGGCGCUUACGUUCGUGGAGCAGGCAACCCUUACGGACCUGAGAGGCUCAUGGCAAGAAAUCUGGUUUUCGUGACAUUUAAUUACCGUCUUGGGGCUCUAGGUUUUCUGAGCACGAGAGAUUCCCUGCUUCCCGGAAAUUACGGAGCUCUUGACCAAGUGUCUGCUCUUCGCUGGGUCAAACGUCAUAUAUCCGAAUUUGGUGGGGACCCUAAACAAAUUACCGUUGGAGGAUUUUCUGCAGGGUCCGCUUCUGCCAACCUCCACUUAUAUUCUCCUCUGACGAAAGAUCUGGUGCACCGAGCGAUCAUGCUGAGCGGUGCCGCCAGUUGCACGUGGGCGGUUCAAGGGCGACCAGAGGUAGGAGCUCGCCUUUUGGCUGCGGAGCUGUCGUGUCCCACAGCGCCUACCGUCGCCCUCUCCUCCUGCGUCAAGAAGAAAGAUGCUGGGGACAUCGUGCGCGCGCAGUUCGCUGUAUUAAAACUAGAGUUCAUACCAGCGUGGUUCGCGCCAAUUGUAGACGGCGGUUUGAGGCCUCGUCCGUUCCUGCCGGCUCCACUGGACGAACUGUCCAUUCGCCCGGUUCCGGCUCUCAUGGGCAAAGUGCUCACAGAGGGACUGAUGUUCGCUGCUAACGCUGCGAUUCUGCACAGAGAUGAAACCAGUCCGUCCGCCCUGUAUGACGUCAUAACCCCCAUAACGUUUAUCAUGUGGAAUGAUUCAGAGACAUUUUCGGUGAUGGACUCUGUUGCUCAGAACUACUACUACUCAAGUCACGCUAGAGACUCCAAGGAUUUGCUGGUGGAAGGAUUCACUAAAGCGGCCACCGACCGCUACUUCCACUUGUGUGUGGACGACAUGGCAAGUCAUCUAUCAUCUCUGGGGUCGCCCGUAUACGUGUAUAUGAUGACCCAUAGAGACCCAGAGAGUCCCACCUGGGCGCUGCCUCACUAUCGCAAGAUGAAGGAGAUGGGUUACACCUCCCGCAUGCUGGCGGAGGGCGUGUCCCACGGCGACGACCUCCUCUACCUCUUCUCCGUCCCCUCCGUUGGGAAGAUAGAGUCCCAGAGAGACCAGAGGGUCUCUGACGUCAUCACUUCCAUGGUGGCGAACUUCGUCAUGAAUGGGAAACCAGAGGCUGAUCUGGAGUCCUUGUCUGACAUUCCUGUCUGGGAACCAGUGAAACCAGGAGAGCCUAUACCAUACUACGACUUAACCCCAAACCCAGUCAUGGUCCAUGAGUAUUUUGGGCUGCAGGCGCGAAACUUCUGGAAGCAAGUGGUACCUGGCGUCCUUUCCCUGUCAAGUAAACCAGCAGGAGAAAGUCAGAAUUUUGAAGAGGACUGUAGGCACGUAAAGGGUCUCUAGAUUACAUUUGCAGAUGUUUUCAUACUUUGAUGUUGGUCUAACAUAAUGAGGGAUUAUAAAGCCAUUUUGCUAAAAUUCCAUUAGCAUAACUACUUUGAUUGUGAAUAACUAAUAGUAAAUAACUGAUACUGGGCUUUCUGUGUUCUUCAGUUUUUGAUUACCCUCACAGUUGUCGUGUGCCUGUUUGUUUGUAAGUACAACACUUGCGGCAAAGAUGAUGAACUGAUGUAUACGUUCCAUAAUCUGUAUAUAUAUUGACUAUUUUAAAAUGUGAUUCAUCAUCUGAACAAUAAUGAUAAUACUAAUAAUAAUGAUUAAGCAAGCACAUAAAA